UAUUAAAACAAAACUAUAUAAAAAAUAUGUUAGAAAUAUAUAAAAUUACUACAUAAAAAUAUUAUAUUAAAUAGUAUCGACGGCUCUAAAAAAGAUUUCUGGUUGAAAUAAUCCAUUCCAUAUUGAUAUUUCUUUGAAUUCCUCACUAUAAAAUUAUGGCGCCAAUCAUAAGAGGGAAUCCGAUUUGGAUAGAUCCUUCUCUUCCUGGAGGAAAAUAAAAAAUUCAGCAGAGGAAAACACAUGGUAUUGAUCCGUUUCGCUAAGACCCCCAAGUUGUAUUAUUACAUUUUUGUGCCUGUCGCGUUAAUCCUGACUUAUUUUUACGUCUUCAAAAAAAAGCAUGUAUAUUCUGGAGUCUUAAACUAUACCAAUUGGUUGCCCAGCGAAGGUUAUUCUCCCUUUCAGAUUCGUAAAAGUGUAGAUGGCGUUAAAAUAAGCUUCCUACGACCUUCUCCUAACAGUGGUAGUCAGAAUAUCAUGGGAGCCGAUACCCGGAUAAAUGAAUCUUAUAAAGAUUCAUCUCUUCCCAAAUCCUUUUCGUUCCAAAUAAAUAUGGCGACUCCGCCGACAGCCGAUUCUAUACGUUUCAUCUUCCUCAUCCCUUCUAAACGCGUUCCGCUGCCGAAUAAAUCGAGCGGUACCAAAAUAACGGCUAAGCCAUCUGGCAAAAAUAUCGAAAUGGAAAUUUCUAAUAUGUCGUCGAUAUCGAAAAACGGAAUAAAUAAUAGUCGGGAGGAUUCGAAUAUGGGAAUCAAGCACGAUAUAAACCCGACCGUAAAAAGGGCGAAAACGAAUUCUUCUAAAAAAUUUAACCCGAAUUCCUCCGCCAAAUUUGUCAGGUUAGCGAACAUGGUAGGUAAACAAAAUAAAACGAAAUUCGAACUUAACGCUAUAACGUUACCCCGGGCCAAAUUCAGGGAUUUGGAUUUAUUGUUUAGCGGGAAACUGGCGGCCGAUGAUCCUAGCGUUAUAAGGGCCCUUAGCGAGGGUUUUAUUUACCCGCCUUCGACGUACCCCGAAUAUAUAUUAAAAGAGCCGGCCAAGAAAGAUUUUUCCAUGGGGCAAAUCGAAGCUAUAAGACCUUACCUCGAUUUCAAACAACCUGGCUUUUUCGUGGAGUGCGGGGCACUAGACGGAGAAACCCGUUCCAAUUCCUUGUAUUUGGAGAGGGAGUUCAAAUGGGAAGGUCUCUUGGUCGAAGCGGACGCCAAAAAUUUCAAUCUACUGUUGGGAAAACGGAGGAAAUCGUAUUCCAUCAACUCUUGCAUGAGCAUCAAACCCAGUCCCCUUAUAUUACCGUUUUACGAACAUUUCAAUUUGGGCCACGUGAUACACCCGGGGACAAAUAAGAAGGAGACGAUCGGAAAAGCUAUGCCCUGUUUCCCGCUUUACUCCAUGCUAUUAGCCUUAAACAAAACCCAAAUAGAUUAUUUUUCCCUGGAUAUCGAAGGAUCCGAGCUUGACGUUUUAAUGACAGUUCCGUUCGAUAAAGUGUUUAUCAAGGUUUUGUCGGUGGAAUUUUACCACGUCAGACAAGGAAGUUUUAACCUAAAGAAUUUUAUGAUCGCCCGCGCGUUUACCUUAGUCAACAAAGUGACCCAUCCCAAAGCUCUAGCGAACGAUUUUAUAUUUGUUAAUAACAAGGUUAUCCAAGACUUCCAACGUGCUUACACCAAAUUUUCUAUUAAAACAAAUAAGAGCGAAGUGUCGUAAUGAAGAUAUUUAUGUGUUCGGAAGUGUUCUUUUUUAUGCUAAACUACUAAUAACAUUUAACAAGUUGCUCCAUCAGAAUUCACCUUUAUCAGUUGAAAGUACCUUCAGCAAAUUUUUAAAAAUUAAUUUUUUUGUCAUUGGGUUUAAAUUCAAUCUUUGAAACUUUGAACCAUAAAAAAAUAUUGUUUUUUUUUAAAUUUUUUUGUUGUGAAUCUAGGAUAUUGGUAAAUUAAAAUAACGUAUCAU